GUGAAGACCAAGUCUUGCAAGAAGAUGUCAUUCAUAUCACCACAGCUGAUCUGUCCUCCCUUGAAGAGGCGCAAUUUGUCACAACGGGGAUGUCAUUCACCCGGGAUGCAGACGGACCACUCCGGACAAAGCGUGCCGACCCAGAGCAGAUCUGUGAGGCAUCGAGGCAAGCUGACCGGCAGUGAAGGAAGAAGGAGACAAAAGGGGACAAGAUGAAUGCGGUCAAGAAGGCCAUAAAGAACAUGGAUAAGUCCAACACAUGCACAUCACGGAUGUGGAGGGUCUUUCCUCACCUCUUGUUGUGUAUGUCUCUGGUUUUUUAUGCGGUGGUGGGCGCACUUAUAUUCCAAAAAAUCGAAGGACGGAACACAACCCCUAACGAGGAGUACAAGGACUUCUUAGGAGACAUUGUGCGGCACGUCCAGAACCUCACCAACAACUCGUCAGACACACAACACAUGGUGGAGGUCUUGGAGAACAUGAUGCAAGAGGAUUUCAAGACCAUUUGGCUCCAACAGCCUGGCAGGUGGACCUUCGCUGGCUCCUUGUUCUUCUGCUGCACGGUCUUCACAACAGUGGGUUACGGACACAUCUACCCGGUCACGCUGCUGGGAAAAGUGGCGUGCAUGUUGUACGCCAUGGUGGGCAUCCCUCUCAUGCUUUUGGUCAUCCUGGACGUCGGAGACUUCCUCGCCGCGCUGACAUACCAGGCAUAUGUCCGCUUCCACGCCUGCUUCAAAGUCCUGCGCUCCCACACUUUGCCGUCACUGAGGGCGCGUAUGAAAACCAGGGAUCCCAGCCAGUGGACCCUGGAAAACGACGUUUUCAGCCACCAUGUCGUGGUCCGAGAAAUGCUCAACAUCGGGGACGUGCUGCAAACUCAAGUGGCUGUGAAGCAAAAUGCCAUGCAGCUGGAAACAAAUAAAGUGAUCUUUGAAAAGAUCCUUGCCAGGGAAAAACUCAUUCGAACGGGACCCAUUCUGCGGAGUCUCUCCUGCCCAGAACUGAACCAAAUGCCGCCGCUUCCCACUGGAUUUGCCAUUUGGGACUUCACCGGGUUAGGGGAUAGUAUGGAGCAGCUGAAUGUCCCCUUUGUGCUGAUUCUUUUCAUCGUAUUUGCGUACAUUCUCUUAGGAGGCGGGAUUAUGCCCCUUUGGGAGAAGGAUUUCGAGGGACUUGAUCCAUUCUACUUUUGCUUCAUCACACUUACUACCAUUGGUUUUGGAGACAUGAUCCCUAGUCAUACCAACUAUUUCCUGCUUACCUCGCUCUUCGUCAUCGCAGGCAUGGCCAUCAUGUCCAUGGCGUUCAAGCUCAGCCAGUCACGGCUUGUCGACUGCUACCGCAGGUUCUUCAAGGUCCUCAUGAGGGCUGGACAAUUGAUCAAAUAAUCACGAUUUUGAUUUUGGCUUCUCAAGAUCAUAAAAAUGUUGUUGUAGAAAAAAACAAAUGCGGAACGUGCAUGCUAAUUCCUGAGCUUGUAACAGUGAAAUGAUGAGUGAGCGAACGAGUGAAAAAAAAGACCGCAUUUACUGGAAGUUUGGGACCCAUACUUGCCAACCCUCCCGGACUCCCGAAAUUCAGCGCCUCUCCCGAAAACCUCCCGGGACAAAUAUUCUCCCGAAAAUCUCCCGAUUUUCAGCCGGCGCUGGAGGCCACGCCCCCUCCAACUCCAUGCGGACCUGAGUGAGGACAGCCUGUUUUCACGUCCGCUUUCCCACGAUAUAAACAGCGUGCCUGCCCAAUCACGUUAUAACAUCUACGGCUUUUAGAGAGUGCACAACUGCGCACACAACAAGGAGACGAAGCAGAAGAACGAGGAAGAUAUAGCCGUGGCGACGCCGACAACGAGUAAGAUGAAGAAAUACGCUUGUAAGUUCCACGCCGCAGCUGCGAUUGGACCUGGAUAGCCUCCGGGAAGUAGUGGACUACCAAGUGCUUGGCAGCAACGUUCCCUCGAUGGUGCGCACCUGCGCAAUUGCGGACUGCCUGCUCACGCGUCCUCUGCGCACAGCAAAUCUAUGCCGCGC